UGGCGGACAAACAUGGAAUUUUUAACCUGGAUAUGUACUCUUGAAAUACUUCGUUGAAUCAAGCUUGUCCUGUUGCAUUUGACCGUUAAGAAAACACAAAUGAGUGCAAAAGGUGGUAGCGUCACUGGGUCUGUCAGAAAUGAAGAAAACAGUAUGGACAAUUCAACUGAACUCUCGAAGAUUGAAAUGACAGAUACUGAACUCUCGAAGAUUGAAAUGACAGAUACUGAACUCUCGAAGAUUGAAAUGACAGAUACUACGGACAAUGAAGCGCUGCUAAAAGAAAGUUUUAAUAUUGAUGAAUCAGAGACUAACGGAGAAGCCAAUCCUCGUGAAAAUCAGAGUUUAGAGGGAGAAGAAGUGGAUGAUCAGGAGGCAGAAGAGAUUGAAGACAUGAUAGCUGAUGGUUUAUCACAGUUAGGACGGUCUGCUGAUGGAACCCUUCAAGUUUAUCUCAAUCUCUUCUUAGCGGGUUGUGAACUGACAGAUAUCACAUGCUUACAGGAGUACAUCCACUUGCAAACUGUAAUUAUUUCACAUAAUUCACUCACAGAUUUAAGUCCAUUGGGCUGUAUGCCUUAUCUGGUGACACUUGAUGUCUCACACAAUGAACUCACCACUGUUUUAGACUUCAAGCCUCCUCUUGGUCUAAGGGAAGUGAUUAUGUCCUAUAACAAAAUAGAAAUCCUUCCGGAUCUUUCAGCUCAUCAGUGCUUGACAAGCCUCACACUGGACUAUAAUAACAUUUCAGAAAUUCAGGGUUUAACUAGCUGUCACCGGCUAUCUCACUUGAGCUUGAUGAACAAUAAGAUCUCCAGGAUAGCUAAUCUGGAAAACUUGCCUCUAAAAUCACUGAACCUGAGUAACAACGACAUAAAGAAAAUUGAAAAUUUGGAAACGCUGAAAUAUCUAGAGUUACUCAAUUUGUCCAGAAACAGUAUUCGGAGCAUGAAAGGUCUUCAGAACCAUAACUUAAUACAAGAGAUUGAUCUAGAAGAAAACCAGAUAAUUGAUAUUGCGGAAGUAAGAUACAUCCGAGAACUGGGUUUGUUACGGAACCUUAACUUGCUUGGAAAUCCAAUCCAGGGCAUGCCAGAUUACAGACUUUCCUUGUUGUUCAGAAUACAAAGCCUGACGGAACUAGAUCGCUCUAAAGUAUCGGUUGAGGAAAAGGUUUCGGCUGUCAACAUGUUUAAUCCCCCUGCAGAGGUCAUCGCAGCACGUGAUCACAUGUUUCACGUGACAAAGUCGCUUCUCCAGCCGACGAGAAUUCACGAUAGCACCCUUCCAAGUGUGGACACACCAUAUCCCAUGUUAAUCUUGUGUGGACCGCCUGGAUCAGGCAAGCGAUAUCUGGCGCGGAGACUGUGCCAGGAGUUUCCAGACUUUUUCGGAUUUGGUAUUUCUCACACUACAAGAACGCCCCGCAAGGAGGAAGAAAACCUUGAAGAUUACUGUUUUGUGACUCAGGAGGAAUUUGAACAAGGAGUUGUGAUGGGUAAAUUCUUGCAGACGUGCCAGCUGGCGGGGAACUGGUAUGGUGUCACAAGAGAAGCCGUGGAAAAUGUGGCCCGUGAGGGGCUUGCCGCGGUGUUCCAUAUGGACUUAGAGGGAGUGUUGAGUUUCAAGAACACUUAUUUUGAACCCAGAUAUGUUUUGGUGGUACCUGUGUCAAGAGAGAUACAUGAAGCUCGUCUUAGGGAGCGUGGUGAUUAUGCAGAGCCUCUGUUACUUCAGUCAUUAGAUCGAGCUGAGUUGUGUCUGAAACAUAACAGACAAAACCCAGGGUUCUUUGAUAUGGCUAUUAACAGCGAAGAUCUUGGUGACGCUUACAAGCGCCUUAAACGCCUAAUCAUGGAGUACCUUGGUAUGUCACCCCCAUCUACAGUACACUCUGAACUGUUUAGUGAUAGUAUGACGUCAGUUGAUACCAGCCAAUCAGAGGAUACCCUUCAGCAGGGCGCGAAAUCAGGUACCAGUCAAACAACAAGUGCGACUGUCAACAUGGCUGCGAGGACCUGGUCACGACGGUCUAAUUCAUCGACUAUCCCUCCCAAGGGAGUUAAAUUGGCACAGCAAAAGACGCCAGUGGAAAUUCUAUCACUAGAACGGCGACAGACAAAAGCUAAAGCAGCAGUGGCUGGAAUUCAUCAGGUUUCACUGGAGCAGUUUAUCAACUCAAGGCAAACGGUCUCCGCUAGUUUCCAGCCUUCCUCAGCCCAACACUCCCCGGACAUCAAGCGUUCAUUCUCAGUCCCUCUCAAUUUUAACGCUUCACUGGCUUCCAUGGUCGCCAACGCUAGUAGCCAUUUCGAGGCCAGAGAGGCAGGCCUGGAAUCGAACAUUUCUGAGUCCGAAGAAGAAGAAGAAACAACUUCGUCUAUCGUGUCAUCUGCGCGUGCGUAUUCGAACGAUGAUGCUCAGUUUCCAAGAGACUCGGACGAAGAAGAAGAGGAGGACUCGAGAAAUUUGCUUGAUUUUAUCCCAGCAGAGACGUUCGAUUCGCAAGAAACAGGGUCAGUGCCGUUUUCAGGAGUUUUCGGCCAAGUUGAAAUUGCCAAUUCUAUUUGAAAUGUGAUAUCAUUUAUGCUCGCCGUUACCUCGUACACGAUUCAACAUCUGGAUAAAGCUUUUGGCACUGUUACAAGAAUAUCUCUUGUUUUUCGUGUCUGUAGGACUCUGUUUAUCCUGUAAGUGGGUCUAUUUUAUAUUCAUGUAAAUGGUUAUUACAGAAAGCGUAACAAUUGAUGCAACUUUUUCUUUUAUUGUUUAGCCAUGUUCUUAAAAUCCACAUGUCAUUGAUUAAUAGGAUCAAUAGUGGUAGUUUGUUUGGGUGUUGUAAAUAAAAGAAACGUCACACAAUUGAGUCAGUUUUUCACUUGAAAAUCGUCCCGGUUGUAGUUCUUUUCUCGUGAAUCAUAACUGUGAAUAACAAGCAGUAGAAUCUCGUCAAGAGGCUGUAGUAAAGUAAUUUGAAUUUGAAAGAUUGACGGAUUUUUAGUAUACUUCAGUUGUGAGAAUAUUUUUGCGACACCGUUAGGGGAAUUUUCUGAACUACUGCUCAGCCAUUUCGAUGGGAC